UUAGCAACUUAAUUCGUGAGGAAAGGAAUUUCGAUAUGUCCUACAAAUUAAGUAGUGUACUGCGAGGCCAUGAACUGGAUGUUAGAGCUGUUUGCCCCGCUGUUUUCCCUGAAGGAGGAAUCGUUUCAGCGUCACGGGAUAGAACAGCUCGAUUGUGGAUUCCCAGUGAAGGGAAAGUUGGUUUUGAAGAAGGUCACGUUCUUAGCGGACACUCCAACUUUAUCUCUGCCGUUUGUACAAUUCCUCCUACGGACAAACACCCUCACGGUCUUGUUGUCACUGGUGGUCAUGACAGUGUGAUUCUUGUGUGGACUCUGGAUUCUCUUGAGCCUCUCCACAAACUGGAGGGUCACAGUGGAGCAGUGUGUUCAUUAAUUGCUGGAAAGUUUGGGACACUUCUUUCUGGAUCAUGGGACAACACAGCACGAGUGUGGAUUGGAAGCAAGUGUAUGAUGAAACUACAAGGCCAUGAAGCAGCAGUAUGGGCAGUCCAACUAAUGCCAGAUCAUGGGCUCAUGCUAACAGGUUCGGCCGAUAAGACCAUCAAGAUGUGGAAAGCAGGGACAUGUCAAAUGACAUUUACUGGACAUAGUGACUGUGUUAGAGGUCUGGCUGUUCUCUCAGCUCUGGAGUUUGUGUCCUGUUCAAAUGACUGCACCAUUAGAAGAUGGAUGAGCACUGGUGAAUGCCUUCAGGUUUAUACAGGACACACAAGUUUCAUCUACAGCAUUUCAGCUCUUACAAGUGAGGAUGGAAGCUUUGUUUCUGUCGGGGAAGACAGGUCACUUCGAAUAUGGAAAGGAGGAGAAUGUGCUCAAACAAUCACCCUUCCUGCUCAGUCAGUUUGGAGUGUUACAUGUUUGAACAAUGGAGACAUUGUAACUGGCUCAAGUGAUGGUAUUGUGCGCAUUUUCACUGCUGCAGAUGACAGAGUGGCAUCAGAAGAAGAAUUACAGCUAUUUGACGCUGAAGUUGCAAGUCAUGCUAUACCAGCAGAAGCUGCAAGUGGCAUGUUAGGUGAUGUCAAACUUGAAGAUCUUCCAGGACCAGAAGCUCUUCUUAGACCAGGUGACAAAAGUGCUCAAACAAAGCUCAUAAGAAGAGGAAAUGUCAUUGAAUGUCACCAGUGGAAUGGCAUGGAAACUAGAUGGGAAAAGGUCGGUGAGGUAGUAGGGUCAGCUGGAACAGAAGGCACAGCGAGACAAACCAACAAAACAAUGUAUAAUGGAAAGGAAUACGAUUUUGUAUUUGAUGUUGAAAUUCAAGAGGGGAGCCCUCGAAGGAAGUUGCCUUACAACCUGACUGAUGAUCCUUGGAUGGCUGCGCAUCAGUUUCUAGAGCGGAAUGAUCUCAGUCAGAUGUUCUUGGACCAAGUGGUUGAUUUUAUACUAAAGAACACCAAAGGAGUCACGAUAGGUCAGCAGAGCUCAUCUGCGUCUGAUCCGUUUACCGGAGCAGGUCGGUAUGUUCCAUCUGCAACGCCCUCUCAGGCAGUUACGGAUUUCAAUUUGGGAGGAGGAGGUGUCGAUCCCUUUACAGGAAGUGGUAGCUACAGACCGUCGUACACAUCUCCGCAGACUAACACGGAUGGGUUGGAUCCAUUUACAGGUUCCAGUAGUUAUAGAUCAGGACAGGCUGGUAGUCAAGUCAGUCCAGCUAAUGAAAGUUCCACAGGAACACCCAACCCUUACUUUCCUAAGACAUCAUGUGUGUCGUUUGAUAACGCAAACGUCAAUGCAAUCGCUGGGAAAUUGAAGGAAUUUAAUGAAAGUUUAGAAGAGGAUCAAAAGUUAUCAGAAGAUGAACUUAAAAACUUAAUAGAACUAUUAAACGACGUGGGAGCCGCUGCGGAUAAGUGUAAAUCACCAAAGGUUUCGCACAUGUCUUUACUCGUGAGAGCACUAAAGUGGCCACAAAAUCAGCUAUUUCCAGCUCUGGAUAUUCUGCGUCUGGCUGUACGUUUUCCAUCCAUUGCCAACAUGUGUUGUAGUGGGUCUGAGGGAGAUAACCUGACUGCUCAUUUACUUGCUUGUACAAGGGACGAUAAUCCACCAUCCAAUGUGCUCCUGUCAUUUAGAAUAAUAUCGAAUCUAUUUUUGUCUUUUGACGGUUCAGCUUUAGUUCUGAAACACAGAGAGAAGAUAGUAGAACAUACAAUAUCGUGGUGUAAAUGCUCUAACAAGAACAUCAGGGUGUCCGUAUGUACCAUUUUACUCAAUUAUUCUGUUCUUUUACGGAAGCAUCAUGAUUUUGAAGCAAAGACUCAAUGUCUAUCAACCCUUGCAGACAUCCUAGAAAGUGAAACAGACAAUGAAGCCAGGUUCAGAUCUCUUGUAGCAGUUGGAACUUUGGUAUGGGGUGAUUCCGAAGCUCUUUCCUUGGCUCAGUCGUUGGGAAUUGAAGAUUCAUUGAAGAUCUUGUCGUCCGUCAGUGAUCCACCCAAGGUUGGUGACUGUGCGUCUAAAGUUUUAGCCGCUUUAACGACCAAAUGAAUUUUUUCAUUUGUUUUCACGCUAUCUUUCUCUUUGAAUGUUCACGCUGUUAGACCAGACCACGGAAGCGCCCAGCAUUCAGUGCUGUUUAAGACAGUGGUGCAUUAAAAAAGAACCUUGGCUAGUUUUAUCAUCAGAGAGAUUUUUUAAACCUAAUGGAGGAUACCUGCUGGUGCCAAUGAGAAGCCGGUCACUUAAUGUCGAGUAUAAAAAUAAUUGUGAAGUAUUUGCGUCAGUGGUUUAAUUUAUGAUCUAUCUACAUCCGAAGAGACAAGAUUAGCUAUUCUCCCUUGACGUUUGGCGGCUGUAACGUAGUCGAUGUUCAAAAGGCUUCUGAAAGACACAAAACCUGUGACCCACUGACACGUUGUCGAGUUCUGGGAUGAUUUGGGUAUUUUUUUUUUUUUUACGCAAAUAAGUUAUUCCCGCGCUUUCAAUCUAAAUGUUUAUCAUCAGAUGAAAGUUUAAUUAGAUGAAGAAAGAGCCUUUUGAAUAAACAGUUCGGUUCUA